AUGAAGUUCCUCUCCCUUCUGGCUCUUGCCGGCUUUGCCUCCGCGGCGACCCUUAAGGUCAAGCGCGACGACAUCGACGCCUCUGGCGAGCUCAUCCUUGACUCGCUCGCGCCCAACUCCAAGUUCACGAUCGGCGGCAAGGACUACUACUCGAGGGGUGUCGAGCAGGGCACGAACGUGACUGUCUUCCAGCAGGGUGGCUCCUACUACUCGCUCGAGUUUGCCCAGGGCCCCAAGGUCGACAACAUCAAGGUCGGCUCGAACGGUGUCUGCGAGGGCUGCCGCGAGGACGCCGGCUCGUCGAUCACCCGCGACGACAACGAGCUCAUGGAGCGUGACGGUGUCGACCCUGCGGACCACGAGAAGCGCUUCUUCCUCCUCGCCCUCUUCGCCGGUAUUGUCAACUUCAAGCUCAGGCUGCUCAACCACGUCGUCUCGCACUUCACCUACGGCUGCUUCAGGAACUACUACCCCCCGAUCUACAUCCACCGUCCUCACGGCGGCGGCCACGGCCACGACUGGUGCGGCGUCGACCACAACGGCUACAUCCACUGGCCCAACGUCCACAUCGGCUGCUCCAACGGUCUCGGCGGCCACUACGUCGGCUGCACCGACGGCGGCAUGCAGCUCUGGCGCUGGCAGGACGGCUCCAUCUGCCCCAUCUACGUCCGUCGCGGCCGUCGCCACAACGGCUGGAGCAACGGCCGCUACCACAGCUGGUGGUACCGCUCGAUCCAGGAGAACCCUGCCGCUGAGGAGUAA